AUGGAGGACGUUUUAGAUGAGAUAGUAUCUUCCGAAGAUUUGCAAAAGUUCGAGAAAGUUUUCCACGAGCAGCUACACCGAGGGACUGUAACACACAAGGCACAAUUUGAGUAUGCAUGGUGUUUAGUGAGAAGCAAGUACCCCACAGACAUACGCAAGGGUAUACUCCUCCUUAAAGAGUUGUUCAACUCGCAUCCAGAAGGCAAAAGGGACUACCUUUUCUACCUUGCUAUAGGCAAUGCCAGAAUCAAGGAGUACAACAAAGCUCUACAUUAUGUGAAGUCUUUCCUAGAAAUUGAACCAGCUAACCAACAAGUGCUGACUUUAGAGCGUCAAAUAACCAAACGCAUGGAGAAAGAAGGUCUGAUUGCAUUGGGCCUUGUUAAUGAAUGCUCUGUUAGGCGUUCAUUAUCUCUUCGCAAAGAAGAAGCAAAUUAA